AUGUGAAACAAUACUGCAGUAAAUGCUAGUUUAUUGUAAAUUUGAAGCAAUGACAGUUGAUAUUAGAAAAUUUAGGUUAACUAUUAGUCAUUGUAAGUUUUGACUCAAAUAAAUCGAAUAUUUUUGUAUAUGUUUGCAAUUGUUUCAAAAAUCACAUUCCUAAGGUGUUUAAGGAAAAGUAGUCACUAGUGCAUUAAACACAUGUUGAUAAUAUAUUUUGUUUAUGAAAAUAAAUAUGUAAACAAUUGGAAAUAUAUUAAAACUUUCCUGAAAAGGCGAUGCAGAACACGAACGUAAAAAAAAUCAUAAUAGCACAGGUGGUAACCAUAUUGUUUACAUUUGAAACUAGGUCAAGAAAGUCGUUUUUAUACGAUUUGUCGAUUUUAUAAAUACUUGUUGGAUUGUUGUUGGAAGAAAAUAAGCAAAUUGUAUCAAGACUUUUUAUUUUGAAAUCGUCAUUAGAAUAUUUUCCAGAAUUAAAUCGAUUUCUUUAGAUUUUUUAAGUCCGCGUGACUAUGCAUCUAUGUAAAUUGCCAAAGUCAGAUGUGUUAGAUCAUAAUCUAUUUUAAACUUUUCAUCUCAUUGGUUUUCGUUUGCAAAUACGUCGUUCAUAUAGGCGUGUCUUUAGACUAAGAUAAAAUUGACUGCGACUCCAUUUUUGCCCCAAAAAAUGAAAACCUGUCAGAGCAGUGUUGUGGAUGUUAAUUCGCCAAACAAGAAAACAAUUAGCAGAACUAUUAAGGAAAAGGAGAGAGCAUUUCCAGGCAAAGAAAAGGACAUGUUUUCGGCAGACAAGGGUAUCACGGUUGGUGCGACCCCCUUCAAGAUUGACGAUGACGAUAUCGGUAGAAACUGGGAAAACAUUAAGGAAUUUACGUUUUCCAUUUCCUUAUUUGACUGCGACUCCAUUUUUGCACCCAAAAUAAAAACAUGUCAGAGCAGUGUUGUGGAUGUUAAUUCGCCAAACAAGAAAACAAUUAGCAGAACUAUUAAGGAAAAGGAGAGAGCAUUUCCAGGCAAAGAAAAGGACAUGUUUUCGGCAGACAAGGGUAUCACGGUUGGUGCGACCCCCUUCAAGAUUGACGAUGACGAUAUCGGUAGAAACUGGGAAAACAUUAAGGAAUUUACGUUUUCCAUUUCCUUAAAAAAACAGCGAGGAAAAUGCCCCCAACUCGAGGAAAGGAAAGAACUUUUGAAGAAAAAGACAAUAAAUAUUAUUAUAAUUAUAAUUAUAAUUAUCAUAAUCAUCAUCAUCGGUGUUCUGAUUAUAAUUAUUAUUUUUAUUUAUAUUAAUAUAAUUAUUAUCAUAAUGAUUAUUAUCAUUAUUGGAAAUAUUAAAUUUUAAUUAAUAUCAUACUUAUUAUAUUCUAUAUUAAGCGUUUAUUAUAUAUUUUUAUUAACUUUAGCUCAUAAAAGAAGUUUACAAACAAAUUUUUUUUUAAAACAUAAGGCAUUUAGAUUUGUUUGAUAAGAAAGUAAAAAAACAUGUAUUUCUCUUUGUAUAAAA